AUGACCCCAUACCCUGCUGCUCUUCUUGUCUCAGGUUAUGGAGAGAUCUAUCCGGUGACCCUGCCUGGUAAGGUGGUCUGUAUCCUGUAUGCCAUGGUGGGUAUCCCGCUAAUGCUCCUGGUUAUCACAGAUGUGGGAGACCUCCUGGCCAUGCUCCUCUCCAGGGCAUACCGCCACCUGCACACUCUCUUCUGCAGGUUGCCCCAAUACGGCAGCUGGUCCUCCUCCCAGGACACAGAGAAUCCAGGGCACGGGGGCCUCCAGGACAGGACCUAUACCUUCAGCCACGAGGUGGUGGUCCGGGAGCCCAUGGACAUCCGACAGGUCCUCCACAGCCAGCAGUCUGUGAAGCGCAAGUCCAUCCAGCUGCGGAACAACACAGAGCUCUUUGACCGCAUCAUUGCACGGGAGAACUUCAACAGGCAGGGCCCACUGAUGCGGAGCCUGUCCUGCCCUGAACUGGACCGCAUGCCCCCCUUGCCCAAGGGCUUUGCCAUCUGGGACUUCACAGGCAUCGGGGACAAAAUGGACAAACUGAACGUCCCGCUGCUCCUCAUCCUGGUGGUGGUGUUUGCCUACAUCCUGUUUGGAGGCCUCAUCCUGCCCCUGUGGGAGACAGAGUUUGACACCUUUGAUGCCUACUACUUUUGCUUCAUCACCCUCACCACCAUCGGCUUCGGUGACAUCGUGCCCAACCACCCCAAGUACUUCAUGCUCACCUUUGUCUUCAUCAUCAUGGGCAUGGCCAUCAUGUCCAUGGCCUUCAAGCUGGGCCAGUCACGCAUCGUCAGCUGCUACCGCCAGUGCAUGCGCUGCAUCAGCGGGGGGAAGGUGGAGAGGUAUGACGAGUUGGGGAGCGACUGAGUCAAAGAGUUUUGGCCUCCACCGGGCGGCUCAAGAGUUCUAGGGUUAUAAGGCCCUGCCAUUGUGGGCCCAAAAAGCACUAAGCACAAAGUUCUGUACGGCUGACUUGGGAACAGUGUCUAGCUCAGGGGGGUGCAAAGCUAACCCUUGAGCUGACCCCUCAUCAUAAGCAUGAGCAAAUGAAAAUGUGCAUGUGACCAAAGCUUAAGCAAAAUUGUGUGACUUUAUGUAUGUGAGAUGUAUCUAACAUGGCUGUUGGCCGAAUAUAGAUAUUCUCUCUAUGUCUGGAUAUAUUUAUCCAACGAGUUACUUAUACUAUCAAUGGUAUGUAUACAUGUCGUCUACAGUUCAACCUGUUGUUCCACUACUCUACCUUUGAUUUAGGAUGGGGACAUCCCAAUCUACUGUUGGUAGAUUUGACUGAAGCUGCAAUGACUCUUGCAUUGGUUAGAAUUGUUUAUGAGUCUUUGUUCAAGUUGUGAGAUAAGUGCAGAUAAGUGCACAUUUAAGCUUGCGCCUGCAUUUUUCAGUGCCUUCUGUAUAGGGAAUAAUAUGGUAGCAGUUUAUUUUUACAGUACUGUAACACUGGUAUUUAUUUACCUUGUAUUUAUUAUCAAUGUAUACGUUCUGGUGCUUACUUAAAAUAAUUCAACACAAUUAGAAGCUAUAGUACCUGGUACCAAAUGGUUAUUGUUGUGUAGUUAUCAUGUAUAAAUACUUGGUAAUGUAUGUAUGGUAAAAUGAAGUACUACCAAUAAUCUUUUUUCAAAUUGCCUUCUGUGUUCAUUGAGAUAAGCUGUCUGUUAUUAAGUUAGUCUUUGGCUGUGUGCAUUUUAUGUGCCAGCACUAUCUCCUAACAUGCAAAUACAGUAGUGUAAUGGAGAAAUAUGAGAAAUAUGUUGUUAUCUUAAUCACCCUGCAUGCAUAAGCUCAUGCUGUCUAGCAAACUGUAUAUCCUGCUUUCACAUCACCAUUAAAACAUGUUCCAC